AUGCUGGCAGAGGCUUCGCCCACUACACUUUUUGCUGGCCGGCCCUACCGGGCGGGCAGGCUCCUGGCGAAUCUGAUCGUCAUGGGCGGAACCGUGGUGGGCAGGGCCAUGCUCCAGGCCUACCGCCAGGCCAUCGUCAAUGCAAACAAAACUGGAGCUGCCCAAGAAGCUAUAAAUGGUAUUAGACGGGCUAGCAAGGCCAUGACCGAGCAAGAAGCCAGGCAAAUUCUCGGUAUCAGUGAGAAAUCUACGUGGGAAGAGAUUGUCCAGAAGUAUGACACAAUGUUUGAGAGGAAUGCCAAGAAUGGGAGCUUCUAUCUCCAGUCAAAGGUUCACAGAGCGAAAGAAUGCCUGGAACCUUUAUAUCAAAAGCCCGAUGUACUGAACUGA